AUUAUGAUAGUGUUUUAGUAACUUCAGACCAGCACGAAGUAGAUAAAUUCAUAGUUAAAGAACAUUCACACCAAUUAUGCAAUGCACUACCGGUUCCCUUGUUUAGGGUUUUUGUCGGACUAGAAGAUGAGAUGUACUAUCCACAGACGAUAGUGGACUCCCAUAAAACAACGGACAUUUCAUAUUUUCUUAUUCGUGAUAUUAUUGAUGAUAUUAUUGAAAUAUAUGAGAUAAAUCGUAAAGAAUGCACAAAGUAUCUAAAAGAUCUUGCGUAUAAUUUUGCAUCUGGCACAUUUGUUGAAAAAGAUACUACCACAUCAAUAACAAAAUCUGAAACAAAAGUGAAAGAUGAGCCUGAUAUAAAAAUUGAGCCAGAUAUGGAUACAUUUCCCAAUAAUUGGGGGGUUGAUGAUUCCAAAGAAGCCAAUGCAAGUUCAAUUUCGAAUCAAGGAAUUGUGGGGUAUAAACUUGAGCAGAUAAUAGUUGAGGAAUUUUAUUUGAUCGCCUUGGCUUUAUGGAUGUUGAAUGUUGCUACAGAUUUUGGAAUUGGUUUGCUCAUCAUCUUAGUAACUUUGGAUUUGUGUGGAACUGGAAAGAUUGGGAGACAACUUUACAGUUGGACCCAUUGCAUCCAAAAGUCUACAAUACCUGAAGAAUUCUUUGUUUUAUUUCCGGCAGCUGAGCCAACUACAAAUUUUCGUUAUGAAGAUCCCGAUCACUAUCUAAACAAUUUUGCAACAAGCCUGAUAAGUAAGCUUCGAAACAAAAAUUCUAACAGUGAGAUACAAACACAUCUGGAAGAGGUAGGCAAGAGUUUUCCUGACCUGCCUGCAAAAGAAAAAGAACAAACAAUUCGUGAUUUGUUUGUACAAUGUGUGCUGAUGCUAGGCAGUAAGAGUUUUAGUCAUGUGUUAAACGUAAUCGAGAGGUAUCUACUGAUUCUGCAAUCUUUGAAUGAGACACCUGAGGCAAGAUUACACACUGUAAAGAUCGUCGCAGAAUUCUGGGUGAAUAACACACAAUUCUUGGGAAUAUUACUCGAUAAAUUAUUAAAUUAUCGUGUAAUUGAUGCUAUUUCUGUAAUAUCAUGGCUGUUCACAGAUGAGAUGGAAAAAGACAUUGCAAGAUCAUACAUGUGGGAAAUUAUGAAAAACACUAUUAACAAGGUCAUAUCACGUGUAAAACAAGUAACAAGCAAAAGGGAAACGGUAUUAAAUCCACAAUCAGAGGUUGGCGUUCAAGGGAUUGACAUUACAUCUGAAGAGGAUAAAAAGAUCAAUGCUCAAGAGUUGCACACAGUUGAGAGUACACUAAAUGCAGUUACCAGAGAACAGAAGGAAGUUUUAUUAAAGAUUGCCCAAAUGUUUGUUAACUUACUCGAUACCGCAAAUAUCGACAUUUCUUGUGACCAUGGAGACUAUAGUUAUUACACCGGACAUCAAUCCAUGCAUUCUGAAUGUGAUUGA